GCUGCGUUGCUAAGUUACUGCUGCUAUGCUCGGGCUUCGCUGGCCAAAACACACGGUAGCUCGAUGCUAGGUGUAACAGUCUGGUAAUGUUCAGAGUUCAGCGUGUUUACAGCAGUUAAAAGUGCUCGUUCACAGCCAUGACGGCGAUAAAAGACGGAGAAUACACGGCGACGAUCUACAAACUGAUUAAGGACGGUCACUAUCUUGAGGCAAUUCCCAUCCUAAAUGUCCAGCUUCAAAAGCACACAAAGUCCAGGGCGGCUCUGUCUCUGCUGGGCUUCUGCUAUUAUCACAUGCAGGACUUCACCAACGCAGCAGAGUGCUACGAGCAGCUCACGCAGCUCCACCCGGAGGUGGAGGAGUACAAGGUGUACUACGCUCAGUCUCUCUACAAAGCCGGGGCUUAUCCAGAGGCCACCAAGGCCUCCUUCACACUGGACAACACCAGCAGUCACAUCAAGAUGGUGAAGCUACAGGCCUGUAUCAAAUAUUGUGAGGAAGAUUAUCCUGCUGCUAAGUCCCUGUUGGAGCAGCUGCCCCAGGACGACCCAGAUUACGUCUAUAAUCUGGGCUGUCUGCUUUACCAGGACGGUAAAUACGAGGAGGCCUGUAAGAAGUUCAUGUCUGCCAUGCAGGUGCUGGGAUACGUGUCAGCGCUGUCCUACAACAUCGCUCUGUGUCACUACAGCCUGAAGAACUAUGAUCAGGCUCUCAAACACAUCGGCGAGAUCAUAGACCGAGGCAUCAGGGAACAUCCAGAGCUGAGCGUCGGCAUGGCGACCGAAGGCAUCGACGUCCACAGCGUGGGGAACACGCUGGUGCUGCAUCAGACGGCUCUGAUCGAGGCCUUUAACCUCAAAGCUGCCAUCGACUACCAGCUGAAGAAACUGAAAGAGGCUCAGGAGGCUUUGACUGACAUGCCGCCCAGAGCAGAGGAGGAGCUGGAUCCCGUGACGCUCCACAACCAGGCUCUGGUGAACAUGGACACCAAGCCGUCGGAGGGAUUUGAGAAGUUGGCGUUCCUGCUGCAGCAGCCGUCGUUCCCGCCCGUCACCUUCGGAAACCUGCUCCUGCUUUACUGCAAACACGAGUACUUUGACCUGGCAGCUGAUGUCCUGGCAGAGAACGCCCAUCUCACCUACAAGUUCCUGUCCCCGUACAUGUACGAGUUCCUUGACGCCUUGUUGACCUGCCAGACGGCUCCAGAGGAGGCGUUCAGGAAGUUUGAUGACAUGAGCGCCAAACUGACCGAGCAGCUGCGCAAACUGGCCAAGCAGGUGCAGGAGGGCAGGCUGGCUCGAGAUGAUGAAGCACAGAAGAAAGCUCUGGCAGACUAUGACCUGAUGCAGGAGAAGUACAUUGUGGUCCUGAUGGCUCAGGCCAAGAUCUACUGGAACCGGGAGAACUUCCAGAUGGUGGAGAAGAUUUUCCGCAAGUCGGUGGAGGUCUGCAACGAGGACGACACGUGGAAGCUGAACGUGGCACACGUCCUCUUCAUGCAGAACAAGUACAAGGAGGCCAUCGGCUUCUACGAGCCCAUCGUCAAGAAGCACUACGACAACGUGGAGCAGUGUAACAUUCAGGAGUGUCCCUGCAAGCGCAAACCCUCGAUCCUGAACGUCAGCGCUGUGGUCCUCGCCAACCUGUGUGUGUCCUACAUCAUGACCAGCCAGAACGAGGAGGCGGAAGAGCUGAUGAGGAAGAUCGAAAAAGAGGAGGAGCAGAUCUCCUACGACGACCCCGACAAAAAGGUUUUCCACCUGUGCAUCGUCAACCUGGUCAUCGGGACGCUGUACUGCGCUAAAGGAAACUACGACUUCGGAAUCUCCCGAGUCAUCAAGAGCCUGGAGCCAUACAACAAGAAGCUGGGGACGGACACAUGGUUCUACGCCAAGCGUUGUUUCCUCUCUCUGCUGGAGAACAUGUCCAAACACAUGGUCAUGCUGAGGGAUGCCGUGGUACAGGAGUGUAUUCAGUUCCUGGAGCACUGUGAGGUCUACGGGAAGGAAGUGCCGGCGAUGAUCGAGCAGCCUCUGGAGGAGAGCCACGUUCACAUCGGCAAGAACACGGUCACCUACGAGGCGCGCCUGCUCAAGGCGCUCUUCUACGAAGUCAUCGGCUGGAACAAGUGACUUUUGUCGAUCCCUGAAAACACGGUGGCACUCGGAGGAUAAUAAACACAAACUCUCACUGACUUAAGUAAAGCGUAGAAAACCAUAACCAUGUCAUAAUGAACCAUAAAUGACGAUGAACGUACAUGGAGUGUAACGUCACUGAAGAACAGAGAUUUGACGUCUGUGACGUCGUACCGGUGGACGGAGGACGUGCAGCAGCUCCUUUUUUUACCCGUUUGUCGAGUCUCGUUGGGUUCGAUGAGUGAGUAUAACUCUCACACACACACACACACACACACACACACACAGUGACGACAACAACGUCAGUUUCAUUAGUCGUGUUUAUUCUGUUAAACGUUAAACACAUGAUAAUAGACGUUUUUAUUUAGUUGUGUGAAGAGAAACAUCAUUUAAAGACAAUAAAGAUUAUUUUUGGACAAAA